AUGGCUGGAGGGAAUGAUGCUGCAAUUGUUCCUGCCUUGGAAGCGAUGGCUCAAGCUAUGCAGAAUCAGCCGAACGUCAAUGAGAAUGCUGGAUCUCGUAGCUUGGCGACUUUCCAGAAGGGGAAUCCGCCUACCUUCAAGGUCAAGGCUGAUGACUGGUGGCUAGAGACUCGUCAGAGAUUGGAGGCUGCAGGUGGGGAGAUCACUUGGGUUGUGUUCCAUAGAGAGUUCUUGAGGGAGUACUAUCCUGAGGAUGUGCGGGGAAAGAAAGAGAUUGAAUUCCUCGAGCUGAAGCAAGGGAAUAAGUCGGUUGUAGAGUAUGUUGCCAAGUUUGUUGAGUUCGCUAAGUUCUAUCCGCACUGUAGUGAAGCGACUGCUGAAUUUUCAAAGUGUAUCAAGUUUCAGAAUGGAUUGCACUCUGAGAUCAAGAAAGCGGUUAGCUACCAGAAGAUCUGUGUCUUUGCGGAUUUGGUUGAUUAUUGUCGCAUUUAUGAGGAGGAUAGUAAUGCCCACUAUAAGAUGGUUCGUGAGAGGAGAGGCAAGAGCCAACAGAACCGUGGCAAGCCUUAUGAUAGUCCAGCUGGGAAAGGUAAGCAGAAAGCUACUGAGGGCAAGAGGAGUAGUGAGGGAGAUGCUCCUACUUGUAUUGUGUGCUUCAAGUGUGGCAAAGUUGGUCAUAAGAGUAAUGUGUGUACUUUUGAUGCCAAAAGGUGUUUUCGUUGUGGUCAGCUUGGACAUGCGGCUGCUGAGUGCAAGCAUAAGCCGAUGGUUUGCUUCAACUGUGGUGAAGAAGGUGCUACUAAUUGCUUUAUCGUUGCUGAUUGUGUUGAAAGAUUGGGUCUUAAGUUGUCAUCUAUGAAUGGAGAUAUGGUCGUCGAUACACCAGCUAAGGGAACAAUGACUACUUCUCUUGUGUGUUUAAAGUGUCCCUUAUCGAUUUUCGACAGAGACUUUGUUAUUGAUCUUGUUUGUUUUCCGUCAGGAGGAUUGGAUGUGAUCUUAGGUACGAACUGGUUAGAGUAUAAUCAUAUUCAUAUUAAUUGUUAUGAUAAGUCGGUGAGAUUCUCUGCUCCUGAAGAGGAAGGUGUUGAAUUGUUGUAUGCUAGACAGUUGCGCCUGUUAAUGAAGAAAGAAGUGCAAGUGUUCGCGUUGAUGGCAUUGUUGUCUAUUGAGAAUCAAGCUAUAAUAGAUGAGUUGCAGGUGGUGCGGGAACUUCCUGAAGUUUUCCCUGAUGAAAUUCAUGAUGUACCGCCAGAGAGAGAAGUUGAAUUUUCUAUUGAUCUUGUACCCGAUCGGUUUGUGGUGGUGUUCAUUGAUGAUAUCUUGAUUUACCCUAAGUCAGAAACAGAGCAUGUUGAACAUUUGAAAUUGGUGUUCCAAGUUUUGAAAGAGAAGAAGUUGUAUGCGAAGUUAUCCAAGUGUCAAUUUUGGUUGAAAGAAGUCAGUUUCCUUGGCCAUGUUAUUUCAGGUGAUGACAUAGUUGUGGAUCCAUCUAAAGUAGAUGUUGUGUUGCAAUGGGAAACCCUAAAGUCGGCUACCGAGAUUAGAAGCUUUUUGGGAUUAUUCGGUUAUUUUAGAAGGUUUAUAGAAGGUUUUUCUAAGUUGGAACUUAUGUCGACUAAGUUGACUUGUAAGGGUAAGGCUUUUGUGUGGGACAUUCAAUAUGAAGAAAGUUUUACCUAG